AUGUUGCGCGCCAUCUCGGCCGACUUCUUCAAUUACCACUUCCCGGCGCAUCGACCUGUCGCGCGAACGACAUCGUUUGACCGAGCUUAUUGUAUGCCAGGCGUUGCCUCACGAAUCGAGUCCGUACUGUCGCUACCGCUCUCGCGAUUGCCUUUCACCACCUCCAGAACCUCCGAUCCUCAACGAGAGAGACACGCCUACGAACCACUGCCCACGAUGGCCGCCGAGGAUACCCCCAAGAACCUCGACCACUCCCCGGUGACGACCACGCAGAUCACCGGUGGCAUCGAUGAGUCUGAGCUGGUCAACCAGGGUCUGCAGAACAUCGAAGCGCAAAAAGUCCACUGGUGGAGCUACUUCACCACCGUCGACUUCUGGAUCGUCCUCGUCAUUGGCCAGAUUCUCGCCUUGUGCAUCACCUCGACGAACACCUUCACCAACCUCCUGUCUACCAAUGGUGUUUCGAUCCCGGCCUUCCAGACUGUCUUCAACUACAUUCUCCUCUUCCUCAUCUACUUCCCCAUUACCAUCUGGCACUAUGGAGUGAAGAGGUGGGCCAAGAUCCUGCUUAAGGACGGCUGGAAGUACUUCAUCCUCUCAUUCCUUGACGUUGAGGGCAACUACUUCACGGUUCUGGCCUACCGCUACACCAACAUCUUGUCGGCCCAGCUGCUCAACUUCUGGGCCAUUGUCAUCGUGAUCAUCCUCUCCUUCACCCUUCUGAAGGUGCGCUACAAGAUCUUCCAGAUCCUUGGUAUUAUCGUCGCCAUCGGUGGAUGCGGUGUCCUUCUGGCCUCUGACCACAUCACCGGUUCCAACGGCGGUCCUGGUGUCGAUCUGUUGAAGGGCGAUCUCUUCGCUUUGCUGGGUGCCACGCUUUACGGUGUCACCAACGUCACUGAGGAGUGGUUCGUCAGCAAGCGCCCCGUCUAUGAAGUUCUCGCCUUCAUGGGCAUGUGGGGAAUGUGCAUCAACGGCGUGCAAGCUGCCAUUUUCGACCGUCAGUCCUUCCAAGAGGCGACGUGGGACGGCGCCGCUGCCGGAUACCUGGUCGGCUACACUCUGGCCCUCUGCCUGUUCUACAGCUUGGUGCCUGUGCUGUUGCGCAUGGCCAGUGCAGCCUUUUACAACAUCUCGCUGCUUACGGGCAACUUUUGGGGAAUCAUCAUUGGCGUCAACGUCUUUGGCUACACCAUCCACUGGAUGUACCCCAUUGCCUUCGUGCUCAUCAUCCUCGGCCAAAUCGCGUACUUCCUUGCUGGCAGCAUGUUGGGCGAUUCCAAGAAGCCUUGGUUGGGCGACGCCCAGGAGGACGGUGUUGCUGGUCUGGGCACUGCGAAGCUCAAGGCCAUCAACGCCGCACGAAAGAGACAGCUUGCUGCUUCCGCGGGGCAGUUUGCUUAA